UCAACCAAUGUAUCACUGCACGCUUAAUUAUAUCUAUCACCUCUUUUCUACUUACUACUCUUCUUCUUCUUGUGUAUCAUCACCAUUUAUCUCUCUCUCUCUCAUGGAAGCAACGCCGUUGGUGGUGGCGCAGCCGUAUAAGAUUAUUAAUUUGCAAUUGAAGCGGCGGAUUAUCGCCAUGCACAGGCCUCGAUCAGUAGCCAAACACCCUCGCAAUUUGGAUGCAUCAACCAAAACCUCCUACAACGAUAACUGCUUCGAUCGUCUCGCCAUUAAUUAUCUCUCACAAAGCUUACAAUCCGCAACAGGGAUGAGAAGCGGCAAGGAAGGUUACGAAGGACUGGUGGAAGCAGCAACAAUGGCGUCGCGAAGAUUCAAUCCAAUCCAACAGAAAGGAGUUGUUAUUGAUACGCUUAAAGCGGCACUCCCUGCUCCGCUUCUUCUUUUGCAGAUAAAGAAAACGGUGCCACCGUCCAAAUUUUCAAGACAGCUCUUUGCCGUCUUCACAACUAUUUUUUUCGCAUGGUUAAUUGGUCCUUGCCAGGUGAAAGAAUCAGAGGUUGAAGGGAGAAAAGAGAAGAAUGUUGUGUACGUGCCAAAAUGCAGGUUUUUGGAGGAGACAAAUUGUGUAGGAAUGUGCACUAAUCUUUGCAAGAUGCCUUCUCAAUCGUUCAUUAAGGACUCCCUUGGAAUGCCCAUCACUAUGGUCCCCAACUUUGAAGAUAUGAGUUGUGAAAUGAAAUUUGGUGUGGAGCCUCCUCCACAAUCCUUGGAUCCAGCGUUCACUCAGCCAUGCUACAAGCAAUGCAAGGCCAUUAAAAGAAACCACAACUGCGGAAGCUAAUGGGGAACGUGGUUUCCAACUUAAAACAAUGUUUAUAACUCUUUUCUCUCGCCUUUUGGUCCUUCUAACUCUGUAAAAAAAAAUUUCUUUGGCAUAUCGAUAUUGGA